GGCUUUCUACUUCCUUCUGCUGGCCGUUGGUAGGGGAAGACGAACCUCGGUCGUUAUCUGCCGACGGCAGGACUUCGCGACGAAGUGAAGACGAAACACGAAACAAAAUGAACGCAAUGGAAAAGAAGCUCGCAGACUUGAUACGAGACCACCCUAAUCUAUACGACAAGUCACGGCGAGACUACAAAGACAGUCUGAAGGGUCAUUUGUCAUGGAAAGAAAUAGCAAACAACAUGGGGAAGUCUGAGGAGGAGGUGAAGCUGAAAUGGAAAAACCUCCGCGACAAGUUCUGCAAAGCGAAGAAGCGAAUGGCCAAGAGAAGUUUCCCCCCGCUGACAGACGACGAGAACCCGGUGGAGAGGCCUGUUCCCGCGCUCUACCACCAGCUAGGCUGGCUUAGUGCCUAUGUCAAACCCAGAGCAGGAGCGAUGAGGGACACCGACGAGGUUUGUUGUCUGUUCGUUAAUUCUCUCAUUUUAAACAUCAGUAUCAAUCCCAGUUUUCAAUCAGCGUAUCAACAUGUCAACAAGUUUGAGUAUGAAAUGCUAGCUGAGUGAUGGAACAAAUGUAGGUGCAGUUUUUAAUGUGCCAAUAUUUACACUGGGAUUCUUCUCCAAGUUAAUACCUCAGUACAUUUUAACACAUAAAUUGUGAGUGCUGACUGUUUUGGUUGUUGCUGUUGCUAACUACGCUGAAUUACUGCGUCCUAGUGGAAUGGGCAGUUAGAUAGACCGGUGUUCUGUCGAUUAGUGUUACCUAUUUAGAUGUUCUUCUCAGAGGUUCGUAGCAUAUCUGCGCAUGCGCAAAGCUACAUUCUGGGUGCGACCACAAAUCAAUGCUCUUGGUUGAUGUAAUAAUACUCCCUGAAAGUUUUAUUCAACAGUUUAUUGACAUUCUUUCCCCAUUUCUUCAGCAGUCAAGCGUGUAGAAAGGCUGCACAAAGUGACUUAUUUACGAGUGGAAGCCUCUUCAAAGUUCAGACUUUGCCUUUAUUUAAUGUCUAAUCAGUCUUUCCUAGGAAUAUGAAGACAUCAUCACUAUAUUCUGUAAAUGCAGUAAGUAUGAGGGAUAGGUUAAGGUAAAGUUAAUUAUAUGAAACAGCACUCGACAGGGGAUACCUGCUACCAAUUCGCGCAGCUGUCGCUUGUUCGACAACGGAGCAUAACUCGACAGAACAUCGACCACUUUUCAUAGACCUCUACAACACGGAAUAUCCGAUUAGUUUUCAAAAUAAAAACCUUUUAGGUGGAUGUACAGCUAACCAAUUUACAAAGCAUAGAGCAGAACAUGGCAAGUUGUGCCCCUAGACCUAUGAAAUGUUAGAUGUUAUUUCCAUUUUUUGAACAAGAGCUAUAUUUGGUUUAGGUUUUGUCUGAAGUACCCCAAAGAUCUCCUUUGCAGUCUUUCUUUGAAGUUCUUAUAUUCUGAUAUAGCUGAAUUGCUGUAGUUUUCAUUCUACAAAUUUGAGCUUGGGCUGACCUGUAAUGCUGUAUGUGGAUCUAAUGCUACACAGGGGGUUGGGAGCAGUGAUGACCAGGAGAAGGAGCGAGGCAAAGACAAGAAAGAGCAGCAUUGUCCCCUUCCUGUUGUCAGUACGAGCUGUUCUCUGGUGGAGUCCUUUCAAAACAGUCACCAGGAGAUGGGUGUCUCUCUGAAGCGUAAAAGAAAAACAACCACAGAAACUGAGAUCAGUUCUGCAGACGCCCUCACCAACCUCAGAGAUGAAGACGAACUGUUCCUGCUCAGCCUUCUGCCCUCACUGAAGAGGCUCACCAUCAAAAAAAGGAUGGAAGUGCGAAUGAAAUUCCAGCAAGUGCUUUACGCUGCUGAGUUUGAGGACUGAACUGCCAACUCAAAGGCAUUGGGGUGUAUGAUUGGUAAAAGGGCUCGUUAUUUUAUUAACAACCCUUUAAAUUUCACCAUGUAACUUUAUUUUUUACCACUUAUACCUGUUAAUAUAUUUAUUAUGAAACUGCUUGUGCUUGAAAAAGAUACCAGUAUGUAGAUUUCUUUUAAACCAGCAUUUUCAAGGUUGUUACUAUUUGUAGAGCUGUAUAUCUUUGUUUUGAAAACAGAAAAUGGUUUCAUUUUGAGUGAAAUUUACAGAAGAACCCCUCUGUUAGAACUUAUGAAAUGCAGGUAAAAACCACAGCACCACAACUCCUCCCUCCUUUUGACAGGAAUUUGAAUUAAAAAUCCAAUCAUGUUUUUGUUAAUAGGUCCAGGACCAGGCUGAAAAUGUGUAUGAAUACCUUUUAAAGCACCUGUGAGGAAGUUUAAGUUUGUGUGGACAAGCUAUGCAUGUUACGUUUUUGCUGCUUUUGUCUUGUACAUGUAUGUAUAGCUUUUUCACACAAAACUAUAUCAAGUUUUUGUUUAAAAGUCCCUCAUCAGGACUGUUUUCCAUGGAAACUGUAAAAAUGAGUCUGCUUCUUCAGGCUGUUGUAAGUCUUGUUUGACGCCCACCCUGUAGAAGUUUAAGGAACUUAUGAUAAUUAUAUGAAAUCGGUGAAUCUUGAUUUUGAUCAUUAUUUCUUUUGCACCUUUUCAAGAAGCAUCACCUUUAAUUUCCUUCAAUGUCUGCUUCAUAGGCAGUUUAAAAUCCUCACAGGAGCUUUAAUCUGAUCAUUCAGAAACAUACAAACAACAACAAAAAACACGUUUUAGCCAAUGGUUGAUAAAUGUCAUUGUGGGCAGGCUGACUUUUCCAUUAACCAAUUAAAAGUCAUAAUUACAUGUCA